AUGGCUCUUCGCUCUCUCGUUUCUCGAAAAACCCUAGGCUUAGCCUCCUCAGGCUUGAAGCUCCAAUUCCGUGGGUUGCAGACUUUCUCCCUGCCCGAUCUUCCGUACGAUUAUGGAGCUUUGGAGCCUGCAAUUAGCGGGGAGAUUAUGCAGCUCCAUCACCAGAAACAUCACCAGACUUACAUCACUAAUUACAAUAAGGCGCUUGAACAACUUCACCAUGCCAUGGAAAAGGGCGAUUCUUCUGCUGUUGUUAAAUUGCAGAGCGCUAUCAAGUUCAAUGGCGGAGGUCAUGUCAACCAUUCAAUUUUCUGGAAGAAUCUUGCUCCUGCCCGUGAAGGAGGUGGCGAACCACCACAUGGUAACUUGGGCUGGGCAAUUGAUGAAGAUUUUGGUUCUUUAGAAUCAUUGAUUCAAAAAAUGAGCGCAGAGGGUGCUGCUGUACAGGGAUCUGGAUGGGUUUGGCUUGGUCUGGACAAAGAAUCAAAGAAACUUGUGAUUGAGACCACAGCAAAUCAGGAUCCAUUGGUAACUCUAGGACCCUUAGUUCCUUUACUUGGUAUUGAUGUUUGGGAGCAUGCAUACUACUUACAGUACAAGAAUGUCAGACCUGAUUAUCUAAAGAACAUCUGGAAGGUAGUGAAUUGGAAGUAUGCCGGGGAAGUUUAUGACAAAGAACGCGCUUAA